AUGUCUACUGAUGAUAAACGAUAUUUUCAACGUACAUUACAUUAUUUUCCGAGUAUUGAAAAUGAUGCAUCACGUAUUACAUGGGCGCAUGCUGUUAAUAGUCAACAAAAACUUGAAGAAGCACUUAAAAGUUCAUUAAUGUUUAUUGAAGCUGAUAUUCUAAUAGGUUCAUCAUCAAGUGAUCCUAUCAUGGCUCAUCCACCACAUAAAGCAAGUGAUUUAACAUUUUCUGAAUUUCUUAACGAAGUUAAAUCAACAAGUAAAGGUUUGAAACUUGAUUUUAAAGAUAUCAAUGCAUUACAACCAUGUCUCAAUGAAUUAGAAGCACAAAAAGAUGAUAUUAAUGGUCCUAUUAUUCUCAAUGCUGAUAUUGUUCGUGCAAAUCCACAAUGUGCACAACCUAUUGAUGCUCAACGUUUCUUAAGUGAAGGUCUUGCAUUUGGUUUUCGUGUAAUACCACAAUUAAUGAUAUCAUUUUCACUUGGUUGGACAACAAUUUAUGAUAAAACAACAAAUUCAUAUACUUGGUCAAGUGUAAUUGAUAUGUAUCGAACAAUCACACAAAAUGAUAAUUAUUCUUUAUUUAAUUUUGAAAUAACAUUUCCCGUUCGUCUUUCAUUAGCAUUUAAAUCAUUUGAUCAACUUCAUUGGCUUGCACAAGUAACUAAAUCAGGUUUAACAUUUUGGUCACCGAUUGAUGAAGUUGAAAAUACACAAGAAAAUUUAAAAUGUUUGCUUCAAUUUCGAACACAUUUUAAUCGUUCAUUAAUUUAUUAUGAUUUACCAACACCAUUUGAUACUUUAAUAAGUGAAAAUUUUUAUACUCAAAAUGAAAGAGAAAAUGAAAAAGAUAUAUUUCCAUCAAUGAAAGAUUAUUGGCAUACAAUAACAGGUCAAGAAGAUAAUGUCUUGGUAUCAGAUUUUAGUGCUGUUCUAUUAAAAUCUAAUGUUUUUUUACGUACAAAACAAACAUUUGAUUCAACAGUUGCUUGUACGUGGUCAGGCACAAUUGAUUUUCUUACUGAUGCAUCAUCACAAACACAAGCUGUUCUAUGUUAUUUAGCUGAAACUGAACAUAUAUCAAAAGCAGGAAUGACAAUAACAAUUUCAAAAACAGGUUCUAUUGAAGUUGUUUAUGAAAAUACUCAAGGUUCAUCACAAGUUGAUGAAAAUUUUGUUUUUCCAAGUUAUGCAUAUGCAUUUCGAAUUCGAGAUUCAAUAUCAACAAUUCAUAUUGAAAUAUCAUCACUUGAUAUUGAAAAUUUAUCAUUAACAUCAUCAACAUCAUCAUCUGUUUCAACUUCUGUUCAAUUAACUGUUUUUCUUAAUACAAAUCAUCGUCGUAUAGCAUCAUCAGAUGACAAUAAACAUUUUCAUGCUGCUGUUAUGGGACAAAAUAUCGAACAAAUGACAUCCACUGAUAAUAAUCCAACUGGUGGAAUUGUAUUUUCUCGUUUACGUCUUACACAAGAAUUGAUAUCUACUAAUUAA